ACAGGAAACGAGAGAGAGAGAGGAGAGAGAGAGAGAGAGAGAGAGAGAGAGAGAGACAGCGAGAGCGCCACCGACGCAGAACUGAAACCUGCGCCCCUGAGAAGGUAACGCAGCUUUUCUCUCCUCUCGGCCUCGUUCGCUAGUCUGCUUUUCACAGCAUCACAGCUUCAGUCCGCCAAAAACCGCCACUCGACAGUUGGCAUGGAGAGGAUCUUAUUUCGUAUGUAUAUGGAUGGUAUUAUACAGCGGAGGACUUUUCUAAACGAAAGAAAAUCGGUGAAACUUUCGUCUGUGUUUUCAGAAAGGUCGGGCCCGGUCCUCGUGUCUCUGUAGCUCCAGUCCCACCAUGUCGCCCGGCUGUCUGUGAGCUGAGGCAAUGGAGAGCCCGUCCUCCACAGUGAGGCGGCGAGCCUGGAUCAACAGCAGCCGGCAGUGGCCCACUCUGGACCCCGAAGGGCCGCUGUGCAGCCUCCCAUCUGCCUCUAUAGCAGACGACGAUGUCUUCUCUGAUGGAUGCUUCACAGGAAAGAUUGAGAGCUGGCUCCUGGGUUGUGGGUCAGAGGCCUGCUCAGAGAACACCGGCCACCUGAGUUUUGAGUCUGUGCUCAAAGCCAACAACCCUGAUGAUGACCUGAGUCUUGGUGCUGAUGCUUCUCUGUUAAAUGAUGGAGAAAUUUCAAGUGAAGCUGGCCCACCACAGCAUCCUGCCCCGAUACGACGACACAGCAGACUCACCAGCAGCACCCCUCAUCCUGGACUAUGUCUGCCGUCAAUGAACCUGGGCCACAGCAUGGCCUCCAGCUGCCUCUCCUCCUCCACCUGUAAAACUACAUCAAGUGUUUCAGAGGUCCUGCAGAUGUGUACUGAAGAUGCAGAGGAGACGUUGUAUGAGCUGGGUUUCGGCUGCGACGAGCCACAGGUCACUGUUCGCAUCCCUCCUCGCUUCUUCACCUUCCCCUCUCAGGCUCAGGGCAUCAACUUCCGCCUCUUCCUGGACUCACAGCUACGGCGGAUACGAGAGGAGGACCCCAGCCUCUCUCUUGCUAGUCGUUUCAGGCAAGUCCAGGUGCUCACAGCAAUGGCCAAUGCUUUUUACUCCCUCUACUCCCACGUGUCCCGCACCCCACUUCAGAAACUGGCCACGCCAGAGUUUACCUUCUCGUCUCCCGUGGAGAGGAUCGAACGCUUUAGGAGCAGCGUUCGCAGUGAGCCGCGUUCUCCGGUGGAGAGGCUGAAGGACACCGUGUCCAAGAUGUGCCUCUACACAGGCUCUCCUCGAGGUUCAGACUCCACCUCUCCUCAGCCCUCACCCAGUAAAAAGUCCAGCCUCACUGAUGUUGUGGAUAUAGUCCUGGUGAAAUUCAAGAAUGGGGCUUCCAAGAAACUGGAUUUGGGGGAAUAUAAUAGGAGUAAUUCAGCUGUGGAUGUUAGACUUGUCAUGGAUGAUGAUAGAUCCUGGAACACUGGGAAAGAAGAGCAAACACAGCAUACUGCAAUGAACAUAGACAUUGUUCAGGUUGAAAAUAAAAUCUGUCAUAAGGAGAUGCAGAGCAGUAAACAAAGAGAUAAUACUGAUGAAAACAGCGUCCAACCAACAGACCCUGACAGCAGCACUCACAGUAUAAGAACAUCUCUAGCAUCAUCAUUAUCAGGAGAAACUGUGAUAGAAACAGAUCAUCGGUUUCUUUCAUGUCAGGCAGAGCAGGACUCAUGUUCGACUCAAAGUGACACAAGUACAGCUGAGCCAAAGCCUGUUGCCAAGGUUACAUAUGAUGUAAUCUGCCCGCAGAUAGUCGAGAGCAUACACCAGGCACUGUUCUGCUGUCAAUGCACACACAGUCCAAAAACAAAUACCUUACCUCUUAUCUCCUCUGAGACAGAAAGCACAGAUAGAUCAUGUCCUGGAUCAUAUAAACCCCAUAAACAAACCUCUAUCUCUGAGCCUGAUGAGGACUCCCACACAGGUCAUGUUGCCUGUUCGGGAGAAAACAGGCAGGCUGGCAGAUCACUUCCUGUCCUGGCCUCCAAUGGCAGCUAUACCCAUUACUGCAUCACUGUGACUGGCUGGGAGGGGGGUGAUACUUGUUCCUGUUCCUUGAACGCAGCAGAUUCCAGUCAAACUUCGGCUGUGCCGCCUGCCCAGACACGUGAGGAGUCAUUUAACGAGGGGAAAAGCCGGUACCUGAAUCCACCGAUGCAUCAGGGCCUGGAGCACUUCCCCAAUAACCUACAACAGGUCAACUCUUUUGAGAUGGAGGAGGUGCAUAGUGCAGGAGAGGAAGAUUUUGUGCAGUCAGAUACAAGAACAACAACUUCACUGUUGUCCACGAAACAUCAAUGCAAAGGUGAAGUUGUCCGGGGCGACAGCAUGCAGUCAGACAGCAGCGGCUAUGCAGACGAAGAAGUCAGUCCCUCAACAGACAGACAUGGUAGAUGACAGGAAACACAGAGCUCCAUGUAACACGACGUUCAAAGGAGUAUUUUCUCACCUGUGGACUUUACCCUGCACUGAAAAUUUCAGUUUCUACAACUCAUGAUUUGGAAAGUGCGUCCAAGCGAGGGCCUGCAGUCAAACAGGCCCAAAAGAUUAAAAUGUCAUGGUUCUGUAAGAGACUGAUACACAUGCGAAGCUUUCAGAGGAGAAAAAAAGACGCUUUCUUUCCAUUAGGAAUGGUUUGGGACAUACAGAACAUUCACCCCCCCCCCAUUGCAUAUACUCAAUACAGAAUAUUGUAAAUAAGUAAACAUAAAGUUGUUGAAAAGCUUUGAUGAAUACUGUGUGCAAUAUAUUUGAAUAGAAUGGUUAGUAAAUCUGGAAUUACAGCAGGUUCAAUUUAUUACAACAGUUUGCAGUAAAUGUACAGAAAAUCUUUUAUUGGAAACAAAGUCAAUUUCACAUGGAGCUCACACUUCAGUGACAGUUUAACUAUUUUUUUUUGUUUUAAAUUGGACAUUUUGUACUAUGACAAAUAUGUCUAUCUCAAACUUAAUAACAUCAGCAGCGAUGUCAAUUGUGUCAGCACCUAAAAUUCACUAAAAACCAGCAGUUAACUUCCUUAUUUCGAUAAUCGGAGAACCAAUACGCAGAUCUGCCUUUCCGGAGAAACUGAGGUCAGUGUUACAUCAAACACGCUGCUACACUUGACACCAGACAGGGUUGAUGUACAGAAACGUGGUCAGCCCACGUUGUGCAAAGGACAUUAUCUUUUCAAGUAGUGCAAACUGCUUAAUAUUUUCAACACUUAGUUCAGCAGAGUGCAAGGCAAUAUAUUAACAGAUACACAACUACAGUAAGAAAGCUGGUAAUGAAACCUUACACCAGGAAAACAAGCAGUCUGAUAAUAUCUGGAAAAUCAUCUGUUUUCAAAUGUCAUUACAGGAAUCAUAGUCACACUGACAGAAAACAAAAAACAAAA